CGUCAAUCAAUUGAUUGAUGCGAUUUUGCCUGAUUGGUCCCCUGGAGCUCAGAGCUUACAGGGAGCUCCGACAGCUGCACGGGCGGACAACUGAAGCUCCCUUAGACCACGUUUACAUCAUCAAAGCUUCAAGUUCCUGCCGACGUCAACUGUGACGACGUUGAGCCCUUCUCUUCGCAUUCUGUUUGGUCUCUGGACGCACUAGACCUGAACCUAUCUCAUUCCACCCCGCUGAAAACAUCCAUUCGACUUCAUUCCAGCACGCACUCCACUAGCCCGCCGUUUUCACCAGCCUCGGGGCCCUCACAGCCAAAUUCACUCACUCGCUCGUCCAAUCCCUGGCGUCCCCCCACGACCCCUUGGCGCUGCCCCCAACAACUGCGUGUCGCUUUUUGCCAUAGCACCUUGUUGACUAGCAGACAGUUGAACCAAAACUCUUCCUCUGCACGUCUUUCUUGACCAGUCAGCGACAUCCGCCAGGAUGUUCUUUGAGGGCACUCUGCAGGAGGGCAUUGCCGCCGCCGUGCAAGAGGCCAAGCUGGUCGUUUGCUUCGUCACAGACGACGAAACUGAGAGCAAGACAUGGGAGGAAGACUUCCUUAGGGACAGUUCGGUUGAAUAUCCGUUAAAUGCAGAAGCCGUUCUGCUUCGCUUGAAGGCAGGCUCAGAGGAAGCAAAGUAUCUCGCAGCAAUAUUCCCUAUCCCCAAGGCUCCGACGCUCGUCCUGAUCAGGAAUGGUGAGCUCAAGGAGUACAUAGCUGCCGGAACCGUGAGAGAAGAGUUCCUUAGGAGGGUCCGCAAGUCGCUGGGAAUCAUGCAGCCAAGUGACCCGGCACAGCCUGCGCCGGAACAGCAACCCCAGCAGCCGCCUGCGGGCCAUCGUUCAGCCGGCGUUGAUGCUUCCACGCGAAACGUCUCGAGCGGCACAUCCAGCUCCGCCUUGAACACCCCGGCGUCCAGCAGCCACGAUGAGCAGCCGGAACAGCAGCCGCGCAGCAGCAGGGACAAGGGUAAAGGAAGGGCCGAGCCUGAGCCAAACAGUGAUAGCGCGGCCCCGCAGGCGGGCAAGCCGCACGCCGAUGUGGCAAAGGCCUCGGAUGAGUACAGGAAGCGCAGGCUGGAGGGCCAGGAAGCGAGACGACGCAUCCUCGAGCAGAUCGAGCAUGACAAGGCGGUGCGCAGGCAGCGUGACGAGCAGCGCAAGGCCGAGAGGAGAGCCGCGGCUGCCGGCGACGAUGGUCAAAACGUGGCCGCGAGCAGCAGUCCAGCCGAGGCGGUCCAGCCGCCGGCGGGCGCUAUAGGGAGUGCUUCGGCCGCCGCGGCGUCCAGGCAGAGCAAGACGUGCGCGCUGCAGGUGCGCGACUUUGACGGCUCCACCAUCCGCACGCGCCUGCCAAGCGGCGGCACGCUGAGGAAGGAGGUCAGGGAGUGGGUGGACGCCAGCCGCGUCGCGUCGGGCCAGGCCAAGGACCCGUAUCUCUUCAAGAUCGUGCUUACCCCGCUGCCCAACCGGACCAUCGAGGAGGCGGAGGAGGACCAGUCGCUCGCGGAUCUCGGUCUGGCCCCGUCCUCAACCCUGAUCCUCGUGCCCGUGCGCCGGUUCGCGACGGCCUACGGCGGCCCAGGUGCUGCUUCCGGCGGCCUGCUCGCUGGUCUGUGGGCCAUGAUCCUCGGCUUUUUGAACCCUGUAAUCCUCUUCUUCCGCGCCUUCACGACGAGGCAGGAGCAGCUUCAGGCCGACGAGGAGAUUAGACUGGCCAGGCUCGAUCGCUCUCGUCAGCAGCAGGACCAGCCGUCGAACCCGGCCGGCCGGCAGGAGCAAGGAAGCGCUAGGGUCACUGGUUUCCGCAACCUCAACGACGACAGGAGAGAUCAGCAGCUUUACAAUGGCAAUUCGCUCAACUUUGAGCCGAGGCCCGAUGAGGAAUGAUCAUUCUUUCAUCACGGGUCUUGGAUCAGCUAUUGCAGCAAGUCUGCCUUGGUCUCAUCAGGUGUAUGUAUAUGAUGUGGAGCGGAGUCGUCCAAUGCUAGUGUAAUAUUACAGAGCACAAGGGAAAAGGAGAAGUGAGGGCUUUGCACGCCGCUAUGUUCAGAUGCUCGAGGCGUAGCUUUUCUCCACUCUGAUUUCUUCUUUUUUUUCUUUCUCUUUCUUUGUCACAGGCCCAGUCUAUGCAGAGUCCGCCUGGCUUUUAUGAUCCGGUUCGCAACCUUCCAUAUAAUGUCCACGCGCAUCCAACCAGGCUCUGGACAUGCCCGACCUCUUCCUCUAGUACUGGCUAGCGGCGGCCUGGCAGGCCUUGAGCUGUUCCAGGUACCAGUUGCAGAUCUG